CUCGUGUAUUACAACUAUAAUACUGAACUGGAACAUUAUAGUAUCUUUCCUGCAAAAACCAUACUAAGUACCCGUCCCCAAAUUAAGAUAGCUUUAGCAAGUGCUUUUGCAAUAGUUCAUGUGGCGUAUUAGACUUUGUGAACAUUUAAAUUAACACGGAUUGAGACGAAAUGCUCCUUUCUGCUGGUCGCGGCUGCGCUCUUGCGGCGUUCGGACGUGUGCUUCUCCCUAUUGCUGUCCGGCCGCAGAGCCAGUGCCAAGUUCGAGCUGGCGUUCCAAGAGGAAUCUCCAGUAGCACUUCCCCGUCAGUAAUAGCCCGCGAUGAAGAACCAGCCGGCUCCGGCCCCUCUUCCAUCGCGUCAUCGACAUCCAACUCAUCACCUGGACCGCCUCGCAGUAAAGCAGCCACAGCAGCCCCUUUAGCACCCGCGCCAGCAACACCAAACGGCUCGCGGGAAACACAUACGGCGCUGUCACCACGCUCAAAGCAGCGGAGGUCCAGUGCCUCUCUGCCGUCCACAACUCGACCAGGCCCUCCAAGCCCACCCGAAGGGCCACCCCAACCGCUAGCAUCAACACCCGCAUCAGCUGUACGGCAGUACAACACCCGUACUUCUCCUCCCUCUCCGCACCGCUCCUCCUCCUCCUCACCGGCCCCAUCCACACCCACGCCGACGUCCUCCACGCCCCCUACCACGUCCUCCUCCUCCUCACCACCAGCAGCUGCAGCGCAUUCGUCCGCAUCAUAUGCCGACCAGGCCGCCUCCUCCCGCCAGCAGCUAGCCCAGCAGCUGUCGGCUCGCCAGCAGCAGCAGCUGGAGACCUACCUGGAUUACAUGCUGGAGGUCAACCAAAGCAUGAACCUGACGGCCGUGCGAGACAAGGGAGAGGCCUGGGAGCGGCACGUGGUGGACUCCCUGGCGCUGCUGCCGCUCAUCGAGCGACACGCGCAGCUGCCGGCAGCCCUGCCGCAGCAGCAGCACAGCAGCAGGAGCAAUGGGCAUGCCAGCAGCAGCAGCGGUGGGAGUGGCAGCGCGGGAAGUGGCUUGGACGGCUUGCGGGUCAUUGAUGUGGGCACGGGGGCGGGGCUGCCGGGGAUGGUGCUGGCGGCGGUGCGGCCGCAGUGGAAGGUAACGCUUCUGGACUCGCUCCGCAAGCGCUGCGACUUCCUGCGGGAGGCUGCUGAGCGGGCGGGGCUGAGCAAUGUGGAGGUGGUGUGGUGCCGAGCGGAGGAGGGCGGCCGCCGACCCGAGCUGCGGGAGGCCUACGACGUGGCGGUUGCCCGGGCGGUUGCCGAGGCGCGGGUGCUGGCGGAGCUGUGCCUGCCCUUCGUGCGGGUGGGGGGGCUGUGGGUGGCGGCCAAGGGACCCAAUCCCGAGGCCGAGGCUGCUGCCGCCGCAUCUGCAGUACGGCAGCUCGGCGGGUCUCCCUUGAAGGUGCUGCCUGUGGAUUCGUACUCCGGCGAGGGCCAGCGCACCGCCCUGCUGUCCACCAAGAGGGGCCCCACACCCGCCAGGUUCCCGCGGCACCCGGGGGUUCCCAGCAAGAAGCCGCUGUAGGGUAAUAGUGAGGAACAAUGGGGAAGAGCGGUAGGUAGAGGCGGACAGGAGGAGCGGCCUGGGAGCUUGAUAAGGCCCAUACUGCGGAUUGGGUCGGGCUGGGAUUGGAGGGCCACAACAUUAUUUUUGGGAGUGGGCAUGGAGUGGGGUGAGAGGAGUGAUGGGCACGAAUGGAGGUGCUACGGCGUUUGGCCUACAGGCGGGCGGUGUCGGCUGCGUAAUACCUGGGUUGCGAUGUUGGCUACGUAGUAAACUAGUAGCUUCAGUACUGGAUUGGCUGGAUAGCAACAGCGAGCGUGUCGUACAAGGGCUGUUCGCUUGGGGUGUGACCCAUGGGUCAGUGCGCUUGUGACAUGGAGCGCUUGUUAGGGACGCCUUCCCAUCCAUGUACAGUGUACGAGCAUGUGUACGAUGACGUACGGCAACGGCAAUAACCUCGGCGCCAGUACUCCUGCAACAACACUGCCGUACUCGUGCUCCCGCAAUCAGUAAGUUGAUGACGCUAGUAGCUGGUGUGAUCAUUCGUACGAGCAACGUGUACAACAACGAUGUGCGUCAGUUGGUGAUGGGCUGCCCGGAGCACCUGGGCGUGCAACAGGCGGCAGUCAAAGAUGCUACCUGCUGGCACAACACACAACAAUGUUGGCGCCGUUCCUUUGAGGAAUCUGUCGGUUCGGAUGGCUACCGUUCUUCAGCUUGGGGGUGUGUUUGAGGAACGUGCUGUGUUGCAUGCGGCUUUUAUUCGGGAGGC